GUCCGUCUCAUAAUAUCCUCAGAGCAGACACCACGACCAUUGAAUUACCUUGCGCUCAGCCACGUUUGGGGAAAGUCACAAUUCACCAAACUGACAACCUUAAAUAUUCAAGAUCUUCAGAAGAGGAUAUCUCCUCUAGAUCUUUCAAGGACGUUCCUAGACGCUAUUACAGUCGCACGACGACUCGGUGUACGAUACCUCUGGAUUGACUCCCUGUGCAUCCUUCAAGACAGUCCGGAAGACUGGCGAAUCGAGUCAUCCAUGAUGCACGAAGUGUACAAGAACAGUCUGUGUGUAAUAGCUGCGUCCGAAGCCAGCGAACCCCACCAGGGCCUCUUCAAGACCAGAGAUACCCUCGAGUUCACACCCUUCAAAGUCUGUUUCACGCCAGAGGACCAACCAAAAGACUAUUAUUGCUUACUUGACUGGUGGAAGGAUAUGCGUAAGACGAGUCCAUUGAGCAAGCGAGGUUGGGUGGUUCAAGAGCGGCUAUUAAGUCCACGCACGAUUCACUUUGCGACCCCAAUGUUCUGGGAAUGUCGUGAGCUUGUAGCCUGCGAGGCAUACCCACAUGGCUUGAACGGGCCCCGCGACCGUAGGACAAAUAAAGUUUGGUCGAAGCUACCUUUUUCGCGAUGGAAAGACCCUUUAAAUCUUUGGGAUCACACUGUUUUGACUUACACCAAAGGCUUCUUGACCAGACCAGAGGACAAACUCAUUGCUAUAUCCGGCAUCGCUAGAUUGUUUCAGUCUCUGUUCCAAGACAGGUAUAUCGCUGGACUUUGGAGCAAAGAGCUUCUCCGCGGGCUUCUAUGGUCAGUUGGCAAACAUGAUCUCGGUGAGGAUAAGAAAGAUACAACCCGUGCUAAAAUAUACCGAGCGCCGUCAUGGUCAUGGGCUUCGAUCGAUGGCGAAGUAACCACCGGCCCAUGGCUCUUCACAGUUACUAAACAUCUAGUAGAUGUUUUGACGACGCACAUAUUGCCCUUGGCUGAUGAUGAAUUGGGCCAAAUAUCAUAUGGUCACAUCGAUCUCGCAGGAAAGCUGUUUAAGCUUCCUGAAUUUGAUGGGGUCCUGGAGAAUGUGCGGGUCGACGAUGACGAUUAUGACCCGUGGUCCUUUGGGUUGGACGAUUGGAGCGAUUUGCCAUCCCAGAUGGACAUAACAUAUUUCCUUCCCAUUGCAGAAGUACGGGACGACGUACGGAGAAUCAACCUAAAUUUCCACGGGCUCCUGCUUCAGCACCACUCGGCAAAUUCAGGAGAACUUACUUCUUACCACAGAAUUGGGUUCGCACGCGUCGAUCAUAACGGGAGCAUAGCUGGGACUAAAAGCAUCCUACGUGACUGGACUGAGCCUCCCUGGCCUAUUCACGAGUUAGGAACGGUUAGGCUUGUAUGA